CAACAGGCAGCUUAAGCCCCUGUAGCUGCGGUCCAUUCUCUGUUCUCUUAGUACACUUCCACCGUCUAUAAUUCUUGAACAUAACAGUUUGGGACGUUAAUACUUCUUCACCGUUCUAGCCAUAAAAUUAUCAAAGCAGACUUUAUCGCGCAGCUUCCAACCUUUUCAACGAUCUUCUUCCUCAUUCGAACAAGAAGUUCACAAUGCCCGCCAUCAACUUUCCCCGAUCGACCACAGUCCUGUCUCACAAAACCAUCGGAAAGCGCAGCUGGGCUGGUGAAGAACCCGGUGUGAUUCUGGAUUUUGUCGUGGUCUUCAUCGUGCUCUGUGGGAUUUUGGGCCUUAUCAUCCAGAAAGCGUGGCGGAGUCGUCAGGCUGAGAGGGCGGAAUGGGAGAUAACGGAGAUUAAGGAUUAGUGGACAGUUGACGUUGUCGUUAUACCCGUUUUUGAAUGUGCGCUUGGCGUGAGCGCUGAAGAUGGUAUCUUGGAACUCUUAAUUAAU